AUGCCAAUCUCGCCUGGAAACAACCUCACAGACAUAACUAGAAACCAGGAGCUGCACCCCCAGCCGCCCGCAGGCAACCUGUCCUCCGCGAAGGACGCCCCGGGCCUGAGGUCAGUCAUCGACAGCAUCGCGGCCAGGAUCGCGUUCACGGCCCGGCAGCUCCCGGGCACAGACGGCCUCAGGAGGCAGGAGCCCCACAUGUUCGCCGUCAUCCCCAGGAAAUUCCUCCCGAGCAGCAGGAGCCCGUGCUGGUACGAGGAGUUCACGGGGCACAACACCUCGGACCCCUACCUGACCAACUCGUACGCGCUCUACUCCAAGCGCUUCCGCGCCACCUUCGACGCGCUGCGCAAGGCCUUCUGGGGACACCUGGCCCACGCGGCCGGGCGCCACUACCGCCUGCGCUGCCUGCCGCGCUUCUACAUCAUCGGGCAGCCCAAGUGCGGCACCACCGACCUGUACGACCGCCUGAGGCUGCACCCCGAGGUCAAGUUCUCCGCCAUCAAGGAGCCGCACUGGUGGACACGCAAGCGGUUCGGCAUCGUGCGCCUGAGAGAUGGGCUGCGGGACCGCUACCCCGUGGAGGACUACCUGGACCUCUUCGACCUGGCGGCGCACCAGAUCCACCGGGGCCUGCAGGCCGGCGCCGCGGGCGACCCGGGCAGGAGGAGCCGCAUCGUCAUCGGGGAGGCCAGCGCCUCCACCAUGUGGGACAACAACGCCUGGACCUUCUUCUACGACAACAGCACGGACGGUGAGCCGCCCUUCCUGACCCAGGACUUCAUCCACGCCUUCCAGCCGGACGCCAGGCUCAUCGUCAUGCUCAGGGACCCCGUGGAGAGGCUGUACUCGGACUACCUGUACUUCGCCAGCUCCAACAAGUCUGUGGAGGACUUCCACGAGAAGGUGACGGAGGCGCUGCAGCUGUUCGAGAGCUGCCUGCUGGACUACUCGCUGCGCGCCUGCGUCUACAACAACAGCCUCAACAACGCCAUGCCGGUGCGGCUGCAGGUGGGGCUGUACGCCGUGUACCUCCUGGACUGGCUCGCCGUCUUCCACAGAGAGCAGCUCCUCGUCCUGCGCCUGGAGGACCACGCGUCCGACGUCAAGUCCACCAUGCGGAGGGUCUUCCAGUUCCUCAGCCUCGAUCGUUUUAUACGCCAGCCGUCCGUCCGGGCCCGCGGUGCCACGCAGGCGCGGUGUCCGCAGGGCCUCCCCGAGGGCACCGCCUGUGCUCUGCUUCGAGGCCUGUUGGUGCCGGUCUGCGUGGUGGCCCUGGAGCCCUCCCCCCAAACCAAAGUGGAACGGGGCGUGCCCCACCUGUGCCCUGCAGAGCCGCGUGCGGGGCCCUGUGCGCCGCCCUCGCUGCGCCCCCUGAGCUGUCGGAACCACGCGAUGCCGUACUUUCUACCGAAUUAA